CGCCAAUGGAGCAGGGUAAAGUUUUUUUUACUGUAUAAAUAAGAUGCUAGGCUCCUUAUCUGGACGAAUUGAAUUCGGGGUAAGAACAUUAUUGGGGUAGCUAGUCCUUGUUCUGAUGUUGAAACCUCUCUCAGUCUCUCCGUGCUGUGUUCUUUUCAUUUGGUGACUGUUGGAAUAGUUAAUCUACGGUACCACUACUGCAUUGUUUGAAACGAGGGGUCAGGGGUGAAAGUCACAAGUCAAGGAAAGCUUUUUAGCCUCCUCCAUGAACCACAACACUUGAAUUGACUGCUUUUUCUCUCAAGAACAAGACCCCCACCCCCACCCCCACCCCCUCCUCCCUGCUCUGCUUCUUCUUCUUGAAGAUGCCGAGACCCGGCCCGAGACCCUAUGAGUGUGUGAGAAGAGCUUGGCACAGUGAUAGGCACAACCCCAUGAGAGGCUCUCUAAUCCAAGAAAUUUUCAGGUACCCAUUUUACCCCUUCUCCCCUCCCCUACCAAGACUCCACCUUUAAUGGUUCUUGGUAAAAAAUAAUAGGAUUGCCAAUGAGAGUCAUCGCCCUGAAACCAAGAAGAACAAGGAGUGGCAAGAGAAGCUCCCUAUUGUUGUCUUGAAAGCUGAGGAGAUUAUGUACUUCAAAGCCAACUCUGAGGCUGAGUAUGUAGAUCUCAAAACUCUUUGGGAGCGUGUUAAUGAUGCCAUUGACACUAUAAUAAGAAGAGAUGAGAGCACUGAAACUGGGGAGCUUUUACAGCCUUGUAUUGAAGCUGCUUUGCAUUUGGGCUGCAAACCAAGAAGAGCAACAAGGAGCCAACGAAACAAUUCUGGCAUGUGUUACCUCAGUUCUCGGGACUCGGAUGCUCCCUCCAGUUCUCCAAUUACCUUACGUGACCAAAUUCAUGGAAACUCCAAUCCAUGUCGUCCAUUUGUGCCCCCAAACUUUAGUUUUAUCUCCCCAAACACUUCAUCUUUCCAUGCCUUUGAAACUGACAGUAGCAUGAGAUUUCCUUUCUUACCUGAAAAUUAUGUUAACCGAAGAUUGCCAUCAUCCCCAGAUUCCCAUUCUGUUUAUCCCUUGUAUUUCGGCUCUGAGUUUCAAUCCAAUCGCCCCAAAUAUGAUAGAGAAUGCGUUUGGAAUAACAUUUCCGUGCAGAACAUGGAUGCUUGUAACUCUCCAAGUAAUAAUAAUUCCAUUGCAUGUUGUUCAAACGUUCCCUUCAACCAACCUGGACCCGAAUGUGACUUAUCCUUGCGGUUAGGCCCUGCGGCCCCACCUCCACGUUCGGAUCGUCUGGCAAGCUCUCAAUCUCGAGAUAAAGGUGUAGAAGAGGUUUUGAAAUGGCAGAAGGUUGGAAUUAGCCAUUUAUAUGAGGAGAGACCAUUUUAUCCCCCCAUGAACCUACAACUUAACUCCUUUGUUGGGAAUAUGAGUAAUGCAGGGCCUUAAGUUUACUUCUUAGCCUUUCAGGCUUUGUGGCCUUGUCAUUUUGAUUUUUACUUAAUGAGUUGUAACCUUACAUGCUGCAAAGCAAGAAUUGAAUGUGUAUAUAUAUGGGAUGAAUUAUGAUCUCAUUAAUCUAUGAAGUUUAGGUUUUGUUGAUGAUGCUGGUUUUUACUUUAAACGUGUACUUCCCCUCC